AUGCCACCAAACCUCUCCUUCCACCCACCCCUCCUCAACACCGCCUCCCCCUGGGCCACCACCGAGUCCCACCUCCACGACCUCCUCCUCUGCCCCUCCACCGGCGCCGUCACUACCCGGACGAGCCUCAUCGACGGGUUCCCGCACGCCGCCGAUUCGCACCGCUACGCCUUCUUCGACCCGGCAACGGGAAAGGCUACUCCGGGAACCUUUUCCGGGCCGCCAGAGGACUCCGAGUCCGAUGUCAAAGACAACGCAGCAAAUGUGCCACCGGUUGCUACGCUCAACACACUCGGCUAUAGCCCUCUACCCCUAUCGCAAUACCUUUCCAUCAUCUCCUCCUUGGCAUCUACCGUGACAACUUCUUCUUCCCCUCCCAAAACAAUCAUCAUCAGCGUCACCGGCUCCCCCGCCGAAAUAUCAACCUGCCACAAUCUCAUCCAAACAUUCUCCACCUCACCAUCCUGCCUCUUCCCCCUAGCCAUGGAAAUCAACCUCUCCUGUCCAAACAUCCCGAACCUCCCCCCACCAGCAUACUCCCCCACCUCAUUAACCUCCUACUUCGACGCCCUCCCUUCCGAUACAUCCAUACCCAUCGGUAUUAAGAUCCCGCCUUACACUCACGCCGGCCAAUUCGACUCCCUCAUUUCCUCUCUUCUUAGCACCACCUCCACCUCCAACACCAUCUCAGCCUCCAAACUUAGCUUCCUCACCGCGACAAACACUCUCGGAUCGUGCAUUCUGCUCGAUUCUCUUGAGACUUCUGGCGAUUAUCAAAAGAUUCUUCCGGGAGAAGGCAUUGGCGGUAUGGCCGGGCCUCCUCUUCACCCUCUUGCUCUGGGUAACGUGGCAACCCUUCGACGCAGAUUCGACCAAGAUCCUCGGCUAGCUCACUUGGAAAUCAUUGGGGUUGGGGGAGUGCAUAAUGGUGAAGGGUAUAAGAGAAUGCGCCAUGUAGGGGCUCGGGCAGUAGGGAUCGCAACGGCGCUGGGAAGGCGAGGAGUCCAAGUCUUUGCAUCAAUUGAGGACGAAAUCAAGUCCGUCUGGUGA